AGCGGCAACCUCAGAUCCGCCAAUGGUGGCCUCAGGAAUUUGCCAAUCAUGUUCCGAAAACUUUGGUCAAAAGAUGGUGAUGCAUACAGUUCACAGGAAGAGGCUGCUGUGAUCAGAUUGGCAUCGGCACACAGCCGGCUUAUGAUGGAAAGUGGCCGAGUGAAUACAAAAAGUGAGGCAGGAUUUAAUUCUUGCGCAUUGUUCUUGGAGUGUCUCGAUGCCACUGAAAGAGCCAUGCACCUUGAUGCAGCACCAAGGAAGUACCGUGCCUCAUUUACCAUCAAUUAUCGAGCUCUCUUCCCAGACGAGGCACGCAACUAUCGAGUAGAUGUACUUGAAGCAAGUGUCGAGCAAUACGCCGUCAUUUGGGUGAACGGGGACAAGUUCGAGUUCAGUGCAGAAGCCAUGCGCCGGGCAGAGGCUCUGCAGCGAUGUUGGGCUGACCUGGCAGUGCUUCUGGAGCGGUGGAACACAGAGCAGGGCAAAGCCAAUCGACCAUCAAGAUGUGAUAUUCGCUCUGGGCUGGUUGCCUUGGAUUCUGCCUGGGCCAGCUUUGAGCACAAGUAUAUCAUGGAGUUGAUUGAAAUCGAAGAAAAGGCAAGAAGACUCGUUGUGCAGGCCAUAGAGAAGGAAAGACAUCUUCAUUUGAUUGAGGAUCGAAAUAUGCAGAAUGUGUUCCAGCAAGCCGAGUUCAGAGAGGAACUACGGCGCUUUGUGGGGUGCAUUGCUCACCUGAACUCCGUAGCGAACGUUCGUCGCAAGGGAAGAGAUGACUUGGGCAUGGAAGUACUACUUGAUGCAAUCCAAACGUUGUGCCGCUGUGAUGAUCAAGAAAAAGGUGGCGAAAAUUCAGAGAAGCUUGCCGCUGCAAGGAUACUUGCCAAGGAUGUCUUGGACUCCUUUACUGCUAUGCGUGAGUACCUGCGUGAGGUAGGUCGCUGCCUUGAGCGAGUAGAUCCGCAUCUAUGCAACAAUGCUGGCUUGGUCGCAAGAUUAGUCGACUGGGAGGAAAGUUGGGAGGUAGGAACUCGCUAUGUGCAACAAGAAAAGAUGUUGACUGCUGUGUGUGAUUUAGUCGCUGAAGUUCGAUCAGCUCAACGGAUUGUCCCAGCAUUGGCACAAAUGUGCGAAGAGUGUGAUGUGGAGAUGUUUAUGGUCAUGCCAAGGCUGGCCUGGCUGAGAUUCUUGGACAAGCCAACACAACUUCAAGGUCUUUUCAAGAGUCUCUUGCCACAUCGGUUUGAGAUCAACCCAGACACGGAGAAGCUUGCAGACGCUGAACUUGCAAACUUGAUGCGAAAGUUUGAAGAGACAAAGGAGCUGUUGAUGGGCACAAUGUCGCCAAAACAAGGCGGGCACCUUCAAAGCUCACAGGAAGCUACUUGGCAGAUGCUUGUCAAGCGGGUGGUGAAUGGAGCCAGCAGCGAGGACACGUACAAAUGGAUUGAACCGAGCCUGCGGGAGCCUGUUGAAAAAGCAGUGGAGGAUCUCAUGCGCGACUUGGAAGCAUGGAGCAUGGAGCUUGCAAGGCACUGUCCAGAGGACUGGAAUCAGUGCUGUGGCAUCUUGGUGCAGUGCUUGUCCGGAAGUGAAAAGGAAUCCACCAAGGCUCCGUUUCGUGUCUGAUCUAAAUUGAGUCCGUUGUCCUGCAUGGCGAGUGCAGCAAGCCUGCAUACCAGAG